GAGGAGCAGACAGAGUCCGAGCUGAGAGAGAGAGGAAGCACCAGCACCUCCCUGCAGGGAACAGUCUACCUCACCACAGUGUCUUGGACAGAAAACAGCAACAUGACUCUAGCAGCCUACAGAGAGAAGAUGCGAGAGCUCCCCCUGGUGUCUGUGUUCUGCUCCUGCAUCCUGCCUGCAGCCUCCGAGCGGCCGCCCGACAACAAGGAAGGCGUGGUGGAUCUGAACCUCGGCCUCAUGCGGGACAUGGAGGUGAUCGAGUUGAACAAGCGGGCGAGCGGCCAGGCCUUCGAGGUCAUCCUGAAGCCGCCGACCUUCGACGGCGGGCCGGAGCUGAGGGCGACCACGCCCCCCCGCCCGACCACGCCCCCCCGCCGCACGCCCUCGCUGGAGGAGAUCCAGAAGAAACUGGAGGCAGCACACGAGAGGAGGAAGUGUCAGGAGGCGGAGCUUCUGAAGCACCUGGCGGAGAAGCGGGAGCACGAGCGCGAGGUGGUCCAGAAGGCCCUGGACGAGCACAACAACUUUGUGCGGCUGGCGAGGGAGCGCCUGGAGCUCCGCAUGGAGGCCAACCGCGAGAAGAGGCAGGCGCACCUCGCCGCCAUGCUGGAGCGCCUGCAGGACAAGGACAAGCACAGCGUGGAGGUGUCAUGAUGGCCUGAUCACAACACGAGCUGAACUUCAUCUGGAAGCCAUUUUGGAUCCGACUGCGGAGCGGCCUGAGCCGCCGGUCGCCGGUCGCCACAAACUGUAAACAGGAAGUGAAGAAGAAGAGGAGCAGGAGGACUGUCCGGUUCUGCUGCGCUUUGUUGCCAUGCCAACUGCCAACAGUGCCACUGUGUGUGUGUGUGUGUGUGUGUGUGUUGGACUGCUCUUGGGGACACACUGCAGACUUCAGACCCGUUGAUUUGACGGCUUCGUGUCCUGGGACGGGACAGGCAGGUCUCUGGGGUUAGGGUUAUGUGUGUAUGUGUGUGUGUGUGUGUGUGUGUGUGUGUGUGGAUAUCUGUAUAUUUCUCACUGCAGGCAGCAUUACAAUAUCACUGUAAACCAGUCAGGGUGUGGUGAUGAUGAUGAUGAUGAUGAUGAUGAUGAUGAUGAUGUACAGAAAUCACAUUAUAUUUUAAAU